UGCGUCCAGAGGGAUCUGGGCUAGAGUCGAGUGGGUAUGACUGGGCAGUUAAACAGGUGACGUGUGUCGCGUGGUCCCUGGUCACAAUAGGGACAUACCGGCAAUUGGCCGGUCUGUGGUAAGUUAUGCAGCGCCAGUGUGGUUUCAACAGCUCUGUGACACGCGGUGGAAUAAUUUUCAGAUUUAUCAGAACACCACCCUUCGAACUGUGACGGGCUGUCUCCUCAGUUCUCAUGUGGACCAACUCCAUCAAGAGACAAAGAUCUGACCAGUAUGAAGACUUAACUACAUGCUGUCUAAGCAAUACCUUUUGGGCUGUUAUCGCAGACCAUCUAAAUCAUCUAAUCUCAUCAUCCCCCGCACAGAAGCCUUAAGGUAGAUCUACAUGAUCUAGAGCGCCACGUUCACCGCUACAAGAGGGAACCUUUAGAUCAAGCCACAUUCAUGCAGACACGGUAACAGAUGAGGAAAAUAGCUACCGGCUGAACGUAUAAAUUGAAUAAAUUGACCUCCCCCGGCAAGCCAGAGUAGGUCUGGCUCAAUUACGAUCCCGCAGAUGCACCCGCCUCAACUCCUACAGAGCAAGGAUUCAUAGCGAUUGUGACAAGGAACACAAGACACACGUCACCUUUUUAACUGCCCAGCCAGUCCCACACGACUCAGACCCUGAUCCCUCUGAAGGCACCCCAUCUUAGUCGCAGAGGUCCUCGAUCUGGAUACUCAACAUAAUCAAGUAAACGAAAGAUAGAACACAACAAACUGCUACAACAACAACAAGCACUUGGUAGAAAGGUUCUAACAUGGCAGGAUACCUCGCAAGCAGCAUUAGUAAGAGGAUAACCACCGCUAAAAAUUUUUCUAAUGUUCAAGCCGGGGUUUGGGCCUAGGCAUUCGGCAUAUAGGCGGAAAUGAUAACCUCUGCGUCACGGUAGCCACCGAAGAAAAAAUAACAGUUAUCAAUUAUUUCAAGAUCGGAAUUACUGAAUAUGGAAAGGACGCAAUGCAUCGCCGAGUAUAAAUAUCUUUUUGCAAUAUGCUUGACAAAAUGGUAGCAGAGAUAGAAAAGAACGUAUUCCUUUUGCAAACCACUCGUAAUUAAAGAAGUUCGAUCUUCCAAAACAAAGAUGUUUAAUGUUAUGCAUUUUUUUUCAAUGUAUUUUGUGUUGACAAGAGCUAUGAAUGAAGUUCGUAUUUUAAAGAUUCUACCUACCUACCUAUGUUUUAUAGUUCAGUUGUCAAACUUUUGAAUUCAAGAAAGAACACAAAAAUUUUUUCAAAAAAGGAAAGAACAAAAGAAUUAAAUCAAAAACUGAAAAGAAACUCAACAAACAAACAAUCAAAUAUGGAUACAUUCAACCAAUUCGUGGAGUCCGAAUUUGGAGCAACCGAGGAACAUGGAAUUCGUGCAAAUAACAACAUUGACGAUUCUUGUUCUGCGAAUGAGGCCCAUCAAGAACGGCACGGAAGAGAGUCGUCAAAACGUUUUCCUGACCAUCCCGCGGCAAGAAACGAAAAUGAAGUCUUUGAUUGUGAUUGCGGGGCGAAUGGGGACAAUGGUGGAUUGGGAGGAACUAGUUGCGUUGAGGGUAAGUAUUGCAAAAUGUGUUCAUUUCAAUUGUGUUUAAAUAUGUAUCUCGUUUGUAAAAAAAAAUAAGGAACAUUUUGUUAA